GAUCCGGCGGUGCUCGUGGCCGCCCUGCCGGCGCCCGCCUCGCUGGCCAGCGCCGGGACCGUCGUCCAGCAGAACCCCGAGAUCCACGUGCACGUAGCGCCUGGCUCGGACGCCACAGCGGCCGCCUGGGCGGCGGCCGAGGGCGCGGCCAGCGCCUUCGGCUUCACCCCUUGCGGGGCCGGCGCAGCGCUGGCCGAGGAGGUACCCGUUGCGGGCGCGGUCAGCUCGGCGGCGCGGCAGGAGCCGAUCGCUGGCAAGUCGGAUCUGGCGGCUACGCUGCCAGACGGACGCUACAGCUUCCCGUAUGGCACGCGCCUGCGCCGCUUCGCCUUGGAGCAGGCGGCGCUGGAGGGCUACGAGGCCGAGGCGGCCAAGCACGAGGCCCCGUCGCCCGCGCCGGUCUUCGACCUGCUCGACGCGGAGGAGUACGAGUGCGAGCUGCGCGUGGCGGAGCUCACGGACGACCACCAGCCGCUGCAGGUGGACGUCUCGUGCAUGCACUUGGGCCUGUCGGCCGAUGGUGGGGCUUUGGCUAUGUCCAUCGCGCCCAUCAGCAAGCGGCGUGGCGUGGUCACGCUGGCGCUGCCGGCCGACGUCUGCCCGUGGCUGGGCCCGCACUUCGCGGCCCUGGGCGACCCACGGACCCGCGUGCCCACGGGCGACGGGCAGUUGGCGACGGUGGCCUUCGUGCGGGUCAGCCCGGACGACGGUGCCUGGCUGGAGGCCGCGUCGGGCGGCGCUUCCUGGUCUGGCGACGGGCGCUGGCCUGCCGCGCGCGCCCUGGUGCAGCUCGCCGCCGACAUACCGCAGCACGUGCAGGGGCACGAGAACUACGGCGGCGGUUUGGUCCCGGCUGCGCACGCGCUAAUCCCGAACGACCUCGACUCUAUGCUGGGCGGCGCGGUCGGCAACGGUGGCGCCGCCGGGGCUGCAGCCGACGUGGGCGCGGCGCGCCUGCAGGACGCGGCCUCGGCCGCCGCGCAGCGUGCCUCCGCGGCCGCCCCCGCUGCCGAGUCCGCGGGGGGCCCGGUGCUGCGCGUCGCGGUCGCCUCGGCCCGCGAGAUGAUGGCCUGGUUCGAUGCCAGCAACCGCGCGUCGGCAUUCGAAACCUUGGGAGGGCCGCCGCCCGGCACCUCGCCAGGAGGCGCCCGUCCGGCCGCCGCUCGCGCCGCUGCCGCUGGCGCCAGGCCCGCGCGCCUGCAGGUGAUGGCCCAGCCGCGCGCCGGCGCAGACGAGCAGGCCGCGGCGGCUUGGGCUAUGCGCGCCGCCGGCACGCCGCUCGCGCACUUGGGCAGCCAGUGUGCCUGGCCGGCGCCGCGCCCCUGGGCGCCGCCCCGCCGUCGCGGCCGCCGGCGCGCGCCGGCGCCCCGGGCGGGGGGCGUGAUGCCGCUGGCCGCGACGCAGGUGGCCCAGGCCAGCGUCGCUGCGCCGGCCCUCGCGCUGGCGGCCGCGGCGCCCGCUGCCCCUCCGCCUCGGGCCGGCGCCUCGCCGGCGGAGCUGGCGGCGCACUGGGCCGCCGUGGCCGCGCUGCAGCGGAUGCCGCCUGGCGGCGAGCCCGACGCGCUGGCCGACCUGCUGCAGCUGGGCCUCGACGACGGGUCUGACGCUUCUGGCUGGAUGCCCGGGGCCCGCGGCGCGGCCAGCGUGCCCGACAGCUUCGUGCUGCGGACGGGCACGAUCAACAGUGCCGACCGGACGGCGACCCACCUCGGCAACGGCCUCGCCUGCGUGGCGGACCUGAUGGGCCGCGGGCCGCGCGAGAUGGCCGAGGCGGUCGCCCGCCUGCUCUUGGCGGCGCGUGGGCAGUUCCAGCGGGCAGCGGCCAGUGGCAGCUGGCCUGGCUGCUGA